AUGGUCACCACUUUCGCCAGAUCUCGCGACCACAAGUCAGUUCGAUCACCUCAUUACUCUGAUCCAAACAUCUGCCAGGAUAUGGCAAAGCUACCUCUUCGGCCUUCAAUCGCAUCAAAGAAGAGAGAACAUAACGUCAUGUCGCAGAAGGAAGACGACAAGUCCAUCCGGGGACUCGAAGAUGCGACCCUGUUGAGUCCCAACGGAAGCUGUCGGCAUGUGGAAAGCAUCUCGAGUCCUCGAGGAAGAGAACCCGAACGAGGGACGACCCGUGACGUAGCCAACAUGGCCAUGUUUGAAUCCCCAACUAUGCGGCCUCUGAGCAGACGUCCCACCAUCGAGUCGAGGCGCACGACGUCGCCGCCCAACUCCGUCAAGGCAUUUGCCAAUGCGCGCCGCAGAGGACAGGAUGUCGAAGCGCACGAUCCGAGGGCCUCUUCGCGCAGACCUCAGGCCGAGGUUGAGAGUAGCAAUGACUAUGGCCUCCGGGUAUCUCAACACUAUUCCAAUAGUAUCAGUCGUAGCUUCCACAGCCGCAAGGCUCUUGAUCGCGGUGCUCACGAAACCUCUUCGCCCGUGCCGAAGCCCAAGUCAUCUCCCGAGGCCGAGGACACCAAGCUGGACGACGUCCAAAAAGAUGGGCUCCACAUCGACUUUGACUAUUUGGAGACAUUGAUUGACGCUGAGAGUCGUGACCAGUUUGGCAGUUCCGACUUUGUCAAUCUUCCGGAUAGUUCCAUCCCUACCGCUACGCGCAUGUUUACCUCCGAUGGAGACUUCAUCGAUGUUGCAUCCCAAGCAGCUUCCAUCGCGGGAGAGAAGGAGGCGACAGCACCCCAGCAGCCGCCCCCGAGGGCCAGCCAGCACAUUGAACAAAGUCGCUUCAACUACUUCUCCUCGGCCUUGGAGUCAACCAUUCAUGCGGCGGAAUUCGGCGACCUCGUCCUCCCAGGCGAGAGCAUCAGGUCCUUGUUCGAGAUGCCCGAGGCAGAGGCCGAUGGUGUCUGGUGGCUUAACAUGAACAACCCGACUGGCAGCGAGGUCUGGACGAUUUGCAAAGCCUUUGGGAUCCACCCACUUACCAUCGAAGAUAUCAUCCACCAAGAGAGUCGCGAAAAGAUCGAACUGUUUCCGCUGUACUACUUCGCCUGCUUCAGGUCGUUCAUCGUCGUCGAGGAAGAUAAUGAAAAAGACUAUCAUCCGUUCAACGUUUAUGCGGUAGUCUUCAGAGAGGGGAUACUCAGCUUCAGCUUCACUGCAAACUCGCAUGCAUCGACGGUUCGAUUCCGGAUUUCGCAAUUGAAGGAGCAAGUUUCUCUCAGCAGCGAUUGGAUCUGCUACGCGUUGAUCGAUGACAUCGUGGACUCAUUUGGACCAGCGAUCAACGAGAUCGAACGCGAGGCCGAUGCGAUCGAAGACCAGGUGUUCAUCACUCGUGUAGAUGAUAACCAAGCCUUUCUUCGGAAGAUCGGAUACACCAGAAAGAACGUGAUGAGUCUCAUGCGCCUACUCGGCGGGAAGGCAGACGUGCUUCGUGCUUUCACUAAGAGAUGCACUGAAGAUUUCGAUGUCACGCCACACAUGGACAUUGCUCUUUACCUUGGCGAUAUUCAAGAUCACGCGGUAACGAUGAUGCACAGCCUUGUCCACUUCGACACCAUGCUCUCACGAUCGCACAGCAACUACCUGGCGCAGCUCUCGAUUGACAACAUCGAUAUGGGUAACCGGACGAACGACUUCUUGAGUCGGGUGACGGUCAUCGCCACUGUUAUUGUUCCUCUCAAUGUUGUGUGUGGUCUUUUCGGCAUGAACGUCAAGGUCCCUUGGAAGGAUACUGACAACCUUAACGCGUUCUUUGGAAUCCUGGGCAGCAUAACUGCUUUCGCUCUGCUGUCUCUUCUUGUUGCUCGACGUUUUAAAUACCUCUGA